GAAAGAGUAGAAGGAGAGGAAGAUGAUAAUGAUAAUGAGGUCCCGUGGCCGCAGGUGACUUUUGCCGGCCACUACUACAUCAAGCAUUAGUAUUUCGCUUUCCUUCCUUUCCAACACCACACCAAUUCAAUAUUCCUACCAUAGUCAUUCUCUCAUUCUUACGGCCCGCUCGCUUUUUUAUUCUCUCAUUCAUGGCGAUCGUGCGUCUUAGGGUAUGGAAGAAAACGACGAUGAAAUCUUCUCCGACGAUGGCUUCGACAAUCUGCCACCGGGCACACUAUUCCAGCUGGAACAGAACGCGGUCUUAGCAAACCAAACUCGGAGUUCUGCGCAGCCCCAACACCAGCCCCAGCCCUCUCGAGCUUUGGCUAGUCACAAUCCACAGACAAGAGCUUCCGAACGAUCGUUCCUCUCCAAUCCUUCGUUAAACCCGCCUGCGCAUCUACAUACGGGAUUGACCAACGACUACGGCGCUUUGGAUGUAGGGGAAUUGGAUGCGGUAGUUUUGCAAGAUGAAGUCGAACCGAUAUAUGGGCUGGGUCAACCAGCUGGAUUUAUCAAGCAGCCCGGUUCAGAUGGGCAUAUUGGAGAAGCUUAUCCUGAGCCCAUGGAGGUUGAAGGAGAAACUUCAUACCUCUCAGGCGACCAAACAGCUUAUGAUGUGAUUAGCGAAAAGCUGGCAGUGGAGAAUGAACGGUAUAGGCAAAUGACGGAGGAGCUAGCUGCGGCCAAAUCCAUAGCGGAAACCAAAGCGGGAGAAAUUGCUAUCAUCCGGUCAAACCAGGCGAAACUUGCCGAGAAUUAUGAACGUCAAGUUGCCGCCCUGCGGAAGGCGAUGGCUGAGGAGGUAGCUAGGCAUAAGGAGGAGGUAGAGGCUGCGCGCGCUGAAGGCAAGAUGUUGGCCACGGAGAACGCGUUCCUUAAGCAAGACCUUGCCGAAGAGACCAUGCGAAUCAACAAUUUGAAGGUGAAAGGCCGGGCGGAGGAGAAGACCCCUGGUACGCCGAAGAAACAUAAGGCCCUACCUUUUCGCGAUGGAUUCGAUGAUGAUGAGAUUCUUGCUGUUUCUCCCAGCAAAUCCACGCGGUUCAAGCGGAUGACCCCAACGGUGGGUGGUAAACGGAAGAGGAAGUUGAGUGAUGAUAGUGCGAUACCGUUGCAGUUAGGUCCGCAGCCGGAGCUAGGGCCGAUGUCUGUUGAAGUUCCUGUCGGAGAUAUGUCAGGCGAUGCCUCGGAUGAAGUCGUGCCAAACCGACCCGCACAGAUUGACAAACAAACCUCGCAAUUUAUAAAGCGUCUAUUGAAUCACCGAACCUUCCCAAACGAACAGAGUGACCUCGAGGUCAUGGCGAGGUUGGCAUUUCCAUCAGAGCCUCAGCAGACACUGUCCGCAAUUCUCUUGGAGGAAACGGCAAGCCUUGAUUUCGGUAAUUAUCUCCUAGAAUACGCCCGAGCUAUAAUUUCAUUGUGGUCUCGUGCUUUGCACGAAAAGUUCUUUGAGCCGAUCCCGAUGUUCAUGGGGAUUCUACGCCAUACUCUCGCUUUAGAUGCACCAUCAUCUGCCCCUGAAUUGAUCGAAUCCCUAGUACCGGUGCUACAAGAGUCAGCAGAGAUCAAUGGUAUUCCUCGGUUUAAACACUCCCCCGUUUCGCGGCAGAACUUUGGACAGGUCAAACAGACACCUUUAUCUGAGCUGCAACUUCUAGUAGACUCAACUGAGGCUCUUGGCCUAUUAUACCAAAUGGCCUGCUCAUUUUUGCAUGUUGACCGCGUGUUGGAAAAAUUCUGGCGAUAUGUGCGCUAUGACUUUGUUCUAAUGAUGCUGAAUUGCUCACAGGCCAUAAGCGACAUUAUAUUGACCUUGAAUCUACUAUCGACUAGUAUCCGCAUCGAGUCAUUUGGCUCUCUUCAGGACACGGAGCAAGACCAGGUCGCGAACGAAAACUACAUCGUUGAUCGCGUGGCGAAUCUGCUGAGCGAAAUACCACAGGUAGACGAGGGCCAACCCCCUCAUAUGCCUUCGGAAAUUUGCGAGAUGCGGCUGGAAGCGUUGUCUCUUUUGAUGUCGGUGGCUUUCAAUCAAGCGGCCCCCGCUAGUACGCAUGGUAGCAUGGUCAUUGCAACUCACUCUACGGUGCUGGCACGGCUGAUUAGAGCCAUGCACGAUGAACUAGAUGCGCUUUAUGCAUCCCCGCCGGAAAAAGAGUUGCAUGCAUCGUUAGUUAAUGGGUUGAUGCGCCUGAUCUACGGGGUGAUGCGUCGGCAUCCAGAGCAGGCAGACCUACAGUCAAAACUCUGCCGAGUCGCAGGCGGAAAGCAAAAGUUUCUUGUGGUAUUGACGCGGCUAGCUUUCAGUGAAGGAUUGAUUCUAGAAGCCGGCAUCGAGGAUGAAACAGUAGAGAUGGCUCACGAAAUCUUGGACGACGCAGUUAAUCCUCAGGAAGCUGAGGCUUUACUGGAAGCAUUCUCAAGUUCGAAGCAACAGGAGUAGAAGGAAGGGUGUAGAAGAUGUACUAAGGAUGGAUGAUAGUGUGGCAAGUAUGGCCAGUUUCAGUAAGACCGGCUAUGCACAUAACGAAUGACGGUGUAUUAAUAGAUAAUUGAAAUGCGUUUUAAGCUCUGCGCUAUAAAAUGAAAGAUUGACGCUAGGAUACAUA